CGAGCAACAGAGUGCAAUUGUCAGUGGAAUUGAUAGUUUGAUCGUUGCAGCUGAUCCAAUAAAUCGACUUUGGAAUAUGUGGGCUAAACUAUUUGCAGUGCUGCUGCUGGUCGCACAAUAUGCUGAAGGCAAACCAUCCAUCGGUCAGAACGAUGUCGAGGGCGACUAUGGCACGGAGAUGAAUGCAUUUAUGGAUAUGAUGCCAGCGGAGGAUGAAAUGCCCGAUGGUAUCGGUUCGCGUUCGUCCAUCGCCGAGGAGCCAGAAACGGAUGAUAUAUUGGCAUCGCUGGACGAUGAGUACGAGGGCGCCGAGCACUGUGAGUGGAACACCUGCGACAAGGAUCUAAGCGAAUCGCGGGGCAUUGGAUCGUUCUUGGAUUUGAGUUUCAUCAAGAAGAUUGUCGGCAAUCUGAAUCCGUUUGGCAGCCAAAAGCUUCGCAUGCAUUUCUACCUGUUCAAGCGGGAGUUCCCCGAAUGCGGCCGCGAGCUGGACUUCAGCAGCGAGAAGAAGUGGCGCCAUGCGGGCUUCAAUGCCUCCCUGCCCACCAGGCUGAUGAUACACGGCUGGAUGAGUCAGUCGCGUGGCUCCUUCAAUCGGGACGUGAAGAACGCCUAUCUGAAGCGCGGCGAAUACAAUGUGAUUGUGGCCGACUGGAGUGCCUCGUCCGCGAAUGUCAACUACUUUUCGGUGGUGAAACUAAUUGAGAUUUUUGGCGCCCAAUUGGCGCAGUUUACCAGGAGCCUGAAUAGUCGUUACGGCGCCAGCUACGACAGCAUGUACCUCAUCGGCCACUCGCUGGGCGCACAGAUCGCGGGCGCAGCUGGCAAGCGACUGAAGCCCGACCAAGUCAACACGAUCUUUGCUUUGGAUCCGGCGGGUCCCAAGUUCCGGCAUCGCAGCGCCGAGUUUCGCAUCGAUCCCACGGAUGCCAAGUACGUGGAGUCCAUGCACACGAGUGCCAAUUUCGGUUUCCGCCGUCCCACGGGCAGCGCCACCUUCUAUCCCAACCAUGGAGCCAUUCAGCCGAGCUGCUACUAUCUGGGCUGCUCGCACAUUCGUUCCUAUGCGAUGUUCGCCGAGUCCAUCAAUUCGCCCAAGGGUUUCUGGGGCACGCCCUGCACACGGGACAAUGGCCGGUGGCAGUGUGAUCAGAGCCAGCGACAGACCGUACAAAUGGCCGGGGAACCAGCGCUGCAUAAGCGUGGAAUUUUCUAUGUAAAGACCUCAGCGAAUGAUCCGUUUGCUUUGGGCAGGGAAUAGAGUCUUAUUCUUAGGUCUUUAGAUUGAAUUAGGAUUUAGAUUGUACGAGUAAAAUGUGAUUAAAGUCUUGCAAUUAAGACAAAUACAAAUGAUCUUUAAUAAUGAUAAAUGUACGUAUCUGUAUGCUGUACUCUCUUGAGGGAAAAAACUCACUGCAAACCCAUUAAAACAUCUCUCUCACUGUCUUCGAUCUGCCACCCACAAAGAGAAAAAAAAACAAUACUCCAGGGAAUAACUCCUCGUAGCGACAUCAACAACAAAAUACAUAUGGGGUCCACCAAGCCCAACAAAUGCAAUGUUUAAAAAAAAAACACAUUUCCA